CUGGGAGAAGGCGGCCCCCACCCUGAGCUGCGACCCCCGCGGGCCGCGGGCAGUGUGCGCGGAAUUCCUCCCCCGCUGACGUCGGGCGCCCGGCCCCUCCCGCAGCGCAUAAAAGGCGCGGGCUGGCGGCGCAGGCGGCAGUGGGGGCCGGACGGCGACACGGGCGGUUGAGUUCGCCACCACCCGCGCCCGCCCGGAGCCCGCCCGCCACCAUGCCGGCUCGCACCUGUGCGCUGCUCGCUCUGUGGCUGCUGGGCGGCGCGGCCGCAGACUUCGGGCCCACGCGCUUCAUCUGCACCUCGGUGCCGGCGGACGCCGACAUGUGCGGGGCGGCCGUGGCGGCCGGCGGAGCGGAUGAGCUCCGGACCAACGUGCUGCAGCUCCGAGAGACGGUGCUGCAGCAGAAGGAGACCAUCCUCAGUCAGAAAGAGACCAUCCGCGAGCUGACCACCAAGCUGGGUCGCUGCGAGAGCCAAGGCACGCUGGACGCGGGCGGCGGCCGCAAGCAGGCCAGCUCAGGCAAGAACACCAUGGGCGACCUGUCCCGUACCCCAGCCGCCGAGACGCUCAGCCAACUCGGACAAACUUUGCAGUCGCUCAAGACCCGCCUGGAGAACCUCGAGCAGUACAGCCGCCUCAACUCAUCCAGCCAGACCAACAGCCUCAAGGACCUGCUCCAGAGCAAGAUAGAUGACCUGGAGAGGCAGGUGCUGUCCCGGGUGAACACCCUGGAGGAGGGCAAGGGGGGGCCCCGCAACGAUACCGAGGAGCGGCUGAAGAUCGAGAGCGCCCUGACCUCCCUGCACCAGCGAAUAAGCGAGCUGGAGAAAGGCCAGAAGGACAAUCGCCCCGGGGACAAGUUCCAGCUCACCUUCCCGCUACGUACCAACUACAUGUAUGCUAAGGUGAAGAAGAGCCUGCCUGAGAUGUAUGCUUUCACCGUGUGCAUGUGGCUCAAGUCCAGUGCAGCACCCGGCGUUGGCACACCCUUCUCUUAUGCCGUGCCUGGCCAGGCCAAUGAACUGGUGCUCAUUGAGUGGGGUAACAACCCCAUGGAGAUCCUCAUCAAUGACAAGGUGGCCAAGCUGCCCUUUAUCAUCAAUGAUGGCAAGUGGCACCACAUCUGCAUCACCUGGACCACCCGGGAUGGGGUCUGGGAAGCCUACCAGGAUGGCACCCAGGGUGGCAAUGGCGAGAACCUGGCGCCCUAUCACCCCAUCAAACCCCAAGGGGUGCUGGUGCUGGGCCAGGAACAGGACACUCUGGGUGGCGGGUUUGAUGCCACACAAGCAUUUGUGGGCGAACUGGCCCAUUUCAACAUCUGGGACCGCAAGCUGACCCCGGGGGAGGUGUAUAACCUGGCCACCUGCAGCACCAAGGCCCUAUCGGGCAACGUCAUCGCCUGGGCUGAAAACCACAUCGAGAUCUUUGGAGGUGCCACCAAGUGGACAUUCGAGGCCUGUCGCCAGAUCAACUGAGGCCCUGGACCCUCAGCCACCUUCCCCUCUUUUGUGUGGUGAUGACCCGUCUAUCUGUCCUCCCCUUCGCCCCUGGAAUGACUCCAGCUCACCCCUUCUGACCUUCCCCCCAGCUCGCUCACACACAGCCAGGUUCUGGCCACCUCCAUCUCAGCUGCCCCCAGGAGCCCACUGGGUUCUCCGGGUGUGCCUGUCUGUCUGGCUGUGAACACUAAGAAGUCAGUGUGAGGAUGCAAGUGUAUCUGUGUGUGCCCAGGGACCACUUCUCUCAGAACAGGGUGUGAGUGCCUCCUCCCUGCCCUCUGAGGCUUUGGGGAUUCCCAGGACUGGUUGGGUGUCAACUCUGCCUGCUUCCUGUGCCUGGGGCUGCUACAGCUCCCUCUGCACCUGCAUACUUAUGUUUGUCUGUGUUCACCGGCUUUUUGCAGAGUGACAGCUCUCUGGUCUGGGAAAACAAACAUCUCUAGUGGUUUCUCCAUGGCCAGGGGAGAUUCUGCUUAGCUAGAAGGUAAUUCUUUCUGGAGGCCUGCAGUGUUCUGGGAUGGAGGGGAGGAGGCUGCCAGGCAGAAGAGGGAGGUGGGCAGACUGCCUCGCAACCACCCCCCCGUACCCAGCCAGACCCUUGGCAUCUGUGGGCAGCUCUGCACUUGGGAGACAGAUUAAGUUUUGCCAGUUUGUAUCUGGCUGGCAGCCCUGCCACCUGGUGACACUGCUGGGAAAUGGAGGGGUGUGCCAUCCAUAGCCGGCACCUCAGGGCUUCUUCCCUCUUGCCUCUGGCAGUGGGAGACCCUUGUAGAUAAAGACACUCAUAUCUGGUGGAGACUCAGCCACUUAGGGCCUCUGAGACUGAAUAGAAAGUCCCUCCACCCCCAAGGGUGACAGUGAAUUGUAAUGUUCUCCCCAGCACCCUGGGGCCCAGGUAGGGCAGCUCAGCUGCAAUCCUCCAUGGGGGCAGGACCUCCGGAGACCUCCCACAGUGUGUGGCUAGCCAUCCUUGUCCCCAACUUAUAGGGCUCCAGCCCCACAGCAGCCCCUAGCCUGUCACCAGCAGGUGACACGGAGACCCCACCAGCCUGUGAUUCCUGUUGCCCCCUCCCUGCCCCAUGAAAAGCAUGCAUGUUUCCUUCUUGUUCUUCCAAGGAGGGGAGGGGUGUGUGUGCGCACGCAUGUGUGUGUGUGUGUGUGUGUGUGUGUAUGUGUGUGUGUGUACACGUAUCAUGCCCAGGGUACAGUGAGCUCCCUGCUUUGUUGCACCAUCUGGGGACCACAUGCCCCCGAUGCCACCCUGGACUCUUAUCACCAGGCGUCUGAUUAGGAAAUGGCUGGUGAGUUUUUCUAGAAAUUUCACUGCACUGCCUGGCUCAACCACAGCUGCAGGCAUCUCUUCUGAGGGAGCAGGUGCUCUGUGUUCUGUUCCUUCCAGGGGCCACCUGUCUCCUUAAGCACAGGCCCACGUUGUGUCAGAAACCUAGUGCAUCUGUUUGUGUCUGUGUUGGUGUCUCUGUGUUGGUGUCUGUGUGGGCUGCCAUGGGCCUCGAGUCACUCUUCUCCAGAGGGUGCAGUCCUGGCACCUUUCCUGGAGCUGUGGCUCCUCCAUGGUUUCCCCCCUUGAGGUCAUUGUGUUUUGUCUAAGCCAGUGGGAUUGUGGCAUCUUUGGAUCUGCAGGGACCUUCUGUGUUUGCAUGUUCUUCAGGGUGGCCUGUCCCUUGCUCCUUCAGUCGAUGUAUGUCCCCUCCCCCUUGCCUGCAUGGACUUCUCCGGUUCUGUGUCGUGUGCCAAGUGCCACCCGUUGUUCUGUGACCAUCUGUGUAGCUACUGAAAACAAAAACAAACAAACAAAAUGACCGGGCGAGCAAGCCUAGGGUGUGAGAGGAGGAGGUCUAGAAAGAUCGCUUUCCCUCUUCCCCUCCCUGCUCCCCAAACAUACCAGGAAGUCUUUUUCAUGCACAGGUUGAGGACGAGCCUGAACUAUACCCAUGCUUGGGAAAGAGUGAGAGCUUGGAGUCACCCAAGCAGAGCCCCCACACCCCUCACUUCAGCCAUCUAGGAGCAAGCCGGGUGCUCUCCCCAUAGCACCUCCCACUGGCCCUGCCAAUCUACGGACCCGACCACCUGCACCCCAAGGCAUGGUGGGAACUGUCCGUUCAGGACCACAAGCCAUCCUCUGCCUGGGCAGAGCAACCCCCAGAUGCUUAGUCCCUUUCUAGUCCCCCUAUCCUGUCGCACCCACGGUGCCACACUUAGCUCCCUCCCUGCCUCCAUCUGGGACCCGUGCCAAGCCCCCGACACCCUCACUGUGCUCCCUCUUGGCACUUGGCUGGCCCCAGAAAGGUAGAUGACACAGCCACAAGUUGAAUCCACAUAGUUCCCAUCUACCCCUUAAUCUGACUGAUGUUCCCUCUUGCACUGAAUACUACAUGCCUAUCUCAGGUAAGCCAUUUUAUAAAAUAGGAAGAUACAAAAGCACUGUGGAGACAGUGUUUGCUUUUUGCUGAGCUGGUGUCCCACAGUCCCCCCCCCCCCCACUCCCAGGCGCCUGAGGUGAGAGUGCUCCCUGGGACCUUCGGGUAGGGGGUGGGGGCACAGAGCCCACUGGAAUCGAAGCCUUCUUGCUUUUGAUACCACAGUAUUAUUUCUCUUACUGUAGAAGACAAAGUUUAUUACCACACAAGAGUAUUUUUAUGGAAGAAAAAGGACAAACCUAUAAAUCAAUCCAACUUCUAUCUCCCUUGGGAAAAAAAUAAUAACUUUCAGGCUCUGCCAAAAAAUGAAGGACUGAAAGCAUGUAUUUUGAAAGAGAGAAAUACAUUUUUGUAUGCUUUCUUUUCCUUUUGUAGAUUUCCCCAGUUUCUUUUCUAAGACUGCAAAAAUCACUUUGUCACCAGCCCUGGGACCUGAGAUCAAGGGGGUGUCUGGCAGGCAGAGAAGAGGUGGAGGAAGCUGGCAGAGGGUGAUCCAUUUCACUGGGCUCCACAAGCAGGGGAGCCACCUGCUCUCAUAGGCAUGUGGGGACCAGGACACCGACGGUCACUUGUGGUGGCCCCUCUGUCUAGAAGCUUGACUUGUUGAGUGGAAUGAAUUGAGGAUUGGACACUAGAAAGCAGAUGCUAGGGUUAGGGAUUAUCAGCAUUCAGAGGAAAGAAUUCUUUUUAUAAUCUUAUGGCAACCAAAACCUGGCUUGAAGCAAUCCUGGUUUCAUCUCUUUAAAAAAUGCAGUGUGUAAAAUAUUAAACUGAUGCCAAGAAAUGUACAACUUCCAUGCAUGGUGGACUUAUGCCAUUUGUUGAAAGGAAAACAAGUCAUUGAGGAGAAACAAAAGCCCAACACUUAGAGAGUCCCAAUUUUGUCUUAUUUGCCAAAAAAGAAAAAUAGCAGACCCCCUAUGGUUGAUAUUGUUAAAUGUAUAUAUUGUAUAAUAUGAAAGAAAAAUCGAUGUAUCUACUUUUUCAUUAUUUGCUAACCAAAGCUGUACAUUUUUCAUAUGAUCUGCAGCCUUUUGGGUAUCAAAUGGGUCAACAAACCAUGGGACCUGCCACUUCCCAUCAGCGGUUCUGGAAAUGCACUAUUUCUACUGGUCUUCUGCUUUCUUUUUCUUGUUCUUUCUUUCCUUCUUUUUCCUUUUUCUUGCUGAAAUGACAUGAAUUGUUGAGUUUAUUUUUACAUAGUAAAGAGUGAAGAAAGAC